UGUUUUACAAACUGUGAGAGCUGUGAAUACUAUUCACACAAGUCUCUCCAGUCUAGUCUAAUGUCAGCGUACGGCCAAUAGCGCUCGUAGUGACGCUGCAGUAGGUUGGCCCUUCGCUUGCAUUCAUAGACGGAUAUUAUAGCUAAGCGUUGAAUGUACUAGCUACAGAUACAGUCAAGUCGGACCAUGGCGGAAGAAGAGGACACGAGAAUACGGAUUUUACAAAGUCUGCGGGGAAAGAUAUGUGAAGGCAAGAACCUGGGUCCGUGUUCGGGGCCCAACCGACAGCGGGACCUCUGCACCUUCUGCACCAUCAGCCUGGACCAGGAGGAGGUAUUCCGGACCAAGGUGUUUGACAAGAGCCUCAGCCCUUUCUACGGUGAGGACUUCUACUUUGAGAUCCCACGACCAUUUCAGUGUUUGUCCUUCUACGUAUUCGCCAAGGGUGUUUUUCAAAGGGACCUGCCUGUCGGGAAAGUGUCCAUCCGGAAGGAGGAACUGUGUAAAUUCAGUGGGAAGGAGCACUGGUUCGGCCUGCAGCCCGUGGACCCUAACUCUGAAGUCCAGGGAAAGGUCCACCUGGAGAUGCGUCUGAAUGAACUGAUCAUAGAGAACGGCUCCAUGUGCCAGCAGCUACUGGUCCGGAUAAUAGAAUGCCAGGGCUUGCCUCUGAUCAGUGGACAGAACUGUGACCCGUAUGCCACUGUCUCGCUCGUUGGGCCUGCCAGGUCUGACCAGAAGAAAACAAAGGUGAAAAAGAAGACCAGCGACCCUCAGUUUGAGGAAACCUUUAACUUUGAGGUCACAAGGCCCAACAGUUACACAAAAAAGUCUAAUUUCCCUGUAGAGGAGGAGGACAUUGAAAAGCUGGAGAUCAAAGUUGACUUGUGGAACAAUGGGAAUUUGGCGCAGGAUGUCUUCCUUGGGGAGACGCGGGUAUCUGUCAAGAUCCUGCGAAAUGACCACAUUCACAGGGCCUGGUAUCUCCUCCAGCCUAAAGGGAAUGGGAAGUCCAAGACAGACGACCUGGGCUCUCUGAGGCUCAACGUAACCUACAUCGAGGACAAUGUGCUGCCAUCGGCCUGCUACACACCGCUCCGCACGCUGCUGCUCAAGUCCCCAGACAUUAAGCCCAUCUCGGCGUCUGCGGCUCACAUUCUGGGGGACAUCUGCAGGGAGAGGUAUGAGGCGGUGCUGCCCGUGGUCCGCCUGCUGCUCCACCACAGCCGCCUGGUGCCCUUCGUCUCCGCCAUCACUGUCCUGGAACUGGAGAACACUCAGGAGGCCAACACCAUUUUCCGUGGCAACUCCCUGGCAACACGCUGCAUCGACGACAUGAUGAAGAUUGUAGGGCGGAGCUACCUGACGGUCACCCUGAAGCCUGUAUUGGAUGAGAUUUGUGAAUCCAACAAAACCUGUGAGAUUGACCCGAUCAAACUGAAAGAAGGAGACAACGUUGAGGUCAACAAGGAGAACCUGCAGGGGUACGUUCAGAAGGUGUUCUCGUCCAUCACCCAGUCCAGCUCCAGCUGUCCCCCGCUCAUGUGUGACGUGUUCCGCUCGCUGCGUCACAUGGCCUCCAAGCGGUUCCCAGAUGAUCCUCAUGUCCAGUAUUCGGCAGUCAGCAGCUUCGUGUUCCUGCGCUUCUUCGCCGUCGCCGUUCUCUCGCCACACACCUUCCAGCUCCGCCCACACCAUCCUGACCUAGAGGUCUCCCGAACACUCACUCUCAUCUCCAAGACCAUCCAGACUCUGGGGAGCUGGGGUAGCCUGUCCAAAAACAAACUGUCUAGUUUUAAAGAAUCCUACAUGUAUGAUUUCUUCAAAUCAUUCCAAGAAGACAAAUGUAUUGAAAAAGUAAAAAAGUUCCUAGAUGAGAUCUCCUCCAACGUCAGUAAGGAGUCCAGCGGGGUGGAAGACUCUGUGGUUCUCAAAGAGGGGGAGAUACAGAAGCGGGCCCAGGGAAGGAAACGCAUCGGCAAGAGGAACUUCAAGAAGAGGUGGCUCAGAGUGACCAACAGGGAGCUCUCCUACCACAAGCACAGAGGGAAAGAAGCACUCUGCAUUAUCCCAGUGAAGGAUAUCCGGGCUGUGGAGAAACUGUACGAAAGUGCCUUUAACCGCAAAAAUAUGUUCCAGGUGCUCCACAGUGAGAAGCCACUGUACGUGCAGGCGGGGAACUGCGUGGAGGCCAGUGAGUGGGUGGAGGUGCUGAGCCAAGUGAGCCGCUGUAAUCCGGACCGCCUGGGCACCUUCCACCCCUCGGCCUACGUGGCGGGGGCCUGGCUCUGCUGCAGGAGCCUGAGCGACAGCCAGCCGGGCUGCAAGCCCUGCACACCUACCUUGCUGGCUAACCUGCAGCUGGACAUCGACUGUGACCGCGAGACGGAGAGAAUCUUCUCCCUCCUCACCUCCAGCUACUCCAAGCUGCAGAAGAUGGAAGAUGCGUGUGCCAGCAUCGCUGUGUACCAGGGACCUCCGAAGGAGCAGGACGACUACUCCCUGUUCACCAUCCAGGACCCCAAGGAGACAUUCCACACAGUGCGGCAGAUCACACACAUCCUGGAGGAGCUGCAGAGAGAGCACGACACUCGCAGCGGCACCGCGCAGUACGGCAGCCAAGAGAAUCCGAUAGUUGGGAAGACUUCCUAACCAGUCUAGGUGGGUCUGUCUGGCCUGAGUUCAACACUGGAGCCCCAGGGUGGCACCGUCGGGAUUGGCACUGAGAACGCUGCCUGCCUCCGCGAAUACCAAGAACGCAUUACCCCCAAGGUCGUGCUCUGCCCCCCCCCUUCCCCGUCCACCACCGUGUGACUGGACGGACAGUCCAAUAGAGGAAGUUAGAAUUGUCACCUGACCAGAAGCUCUCAUUGGUUCAGAAGAGGAGACCCUUGUUUUUUUAAUUCUCUUUCCCCGUCUGUCUCCAUCCCUCUCUCGUUCUCACACACCACUGCCCUAAUCAGAGGAGUAUGUGCUUGCUCUCGUCUUCUACUUGAUUUGCACAAAACUCAAUAAUUUCAUUGAAACCUCCCCUUUUUCUACAGUUCGGUGAAGACCAGACAACAUCAUUAGUUGGUGUGUGUGUGUGAAUAGGCUGCUAAAAUAAUCCCUUUUAUACACUCAAUGUUUUCGAUCGUCAACCAUCAAGAUGAAGCUCUCAAUCUCUUGGGGCUUCACUGUUUGACGUCCGUUUACGACUAAACAGCAAGCUGAUUUUGUUUAUCUCAUUUUCUAUAAAAGGGAAUUUUUCUCUCCUUCCUCCUCCUCUACCCACCUCCUAUAUUUUAUGCUUUGAACAAAUGCAGGUGUUUCAGAGUACAGUUAAGUGAAUGAAACCGAUCUGCCUUAUUUUUCUUCAUGGAUGUAUGUGUAAAAGUCUCUCUCGCAUCCUCGGGUUAGGGAAUUAUGCCCAAGCACUUUACAUAUUUGGAAUAUUCCAGAUGGCAUCAUUUUAGAUACGUGGUAUCAGUAUACCCCCCACAUUGAUCAGUUAAAUGAUCUCGUUUACGUUCUCGUUUCCAUUCCUGUACGAUAACGUUUAUAGCCUGUAGAUUUUAAUAGCUAUUUUUCUUACACCAAAGAUGAAAAUUUCGUAGGAUUGACUUGAAUAAAAGGGUAUAAAUGUA